UUCUCACAUGCACGCUCCUCAGAGGCAGGAAAUACUUUCCAGGCAAUCUGGGUCUGGUUGUGGAGGCCCCUUUCGCAAAACAUCAGUCUGAAUUUAGUAGACAGAAGUCACUAGGAACGCCUUGACAGGAUCCUGCGUUAGCUAAGGUUCUUUCCAGCUGCAGAGGGUGUUUUUGUUAGAAUCACACACUGCGUAAAACUGCUCAGAAUAGAGCCAUGAUCUCAACCACGAAAUGUGAACUUAGAUUUUGGAGAAACUAAGAGGGACGGACUUCUUUCCUAGCCAGAGUGUCGAACAGUGUCAUGCCUUGGCGUUUCAGCUCCUCGAUGUCUAGGUGGCGAAAUGACAAAACUCACUCCCUUCUUUGAUCCAUGAAUUUGAAAUAAUCUUUCAUCAAGUUCCAUCUCCCUUAGCCUCAUAUGGAAUGUAUCUCUCUGUCUGUUGUUAAACUACGAUGACAUGUCUGUAGCUAUCAGAAAAAGAAGCUGGGAAGAACAUGUGACCCGAUGGAAGGGACUGCCUUUUAAUUCUGAUGAUUGUAACACAGCAUGUCAUCAUGGACUAGUAGCUGACAGCUUGCAGGCAAGUAUGGAAAAGGAUGCAACUAUAAAUGCGGACCUCAAAGAGAGGUGUGUUUCACUACCAGACUGCUGUCAUGGACCAGAGCUGAGAGAUUUUCCUGGCAGGCCAAUGGGUCACAUUUCAAAGGAGGUGGAUGAAAAUGACAACCGUGAAGGUGAAGAUCAGUUUCUUUCCCUGGAAGCCAGCACAGAAACACUAGUGCAUGUUUCUGAUGAGGAUACCGAUUCUGAUUUAUACCUUACAGAUGAUAAACGUAGUUCAACUACCCAAGGGCAAAAAUCGUCAGGCCAACAUACCAUUGAAGGAGCAGGCUCCUUAGUGAAGACACUACCCAUCAUGGAAAGUAACAAAGAUUCUCCUAACUCCUGGGGAGUGGCUGGUAACGCUGAUUUAACACUGGUAGAAGAAAGUGGGGAAAAAAAAGUUGUUGACACUAUAAGUAAAAGCCUGGAGCUUUACAAUGAUAUAAACUUAAGUGAAAUAAAAGAUGCACCCAAAGUAAAUGUGUUCGACUCUUUGCAUGUGAAAGAUAUUGUGCCAGAGAAGCAAUUGCUUAAUUCUGCUGUAAUUGCUCAACAACGACGGAAACCUGAUUUCCCUAAAGAUGAGAAUGAAAGAAGCACCUGCACUGUAGUACAAGAUGAGUUCUUGGCUAUUCCUUGUACAGACAGAGGACGGUCAUUAUUGAAAGCAGAUUUUGGAAGCUGCCUCCUGCAGCCUUCUUCCUACCCCAGUGGAAUGUCAGCUGUAAAUGGCCUGAAGAAGAGUGGUUUCUCAGAACAUCAAAACAAAAGUCCUCCUAAGGUCAAGGCAGAAGAUGACAUGCAGUGUUUACACUCACAGGAGACUCUGGCCACCCAGGAACCCACAGAUAACCAAGUUAGACUUCGCAAAAGAAAGGAAAUCAGAGAAGAUCGAGAUAAGGCACGGCUGGACUCCAUGGUGCUGCUAAUUAUGAAACUGGACCAGCUGGAUCAGGACAUCGAGAAUGCUCUCAGCACCAGCUCUUCCCCAUCUAGCACCCCGACCAACCUGCGGCGGCAUGUUCCUGAUCUGGAAUCAGGAUCUCAAAGUGGAGCAGAAACCAUUUCAGUAAAUCAGACACAAGUAAAUGUGUCUUCUAACACUGAGUCUACUGGCUUGCCAUCUUCCACCCCAGCAGCCAAUUCUGGAACCAAACCUAAGGCUACGGCUAUUCCAGGUAUUUCAGAAAAGGAAAAAGCUGAAAUCGAAGCCAAGGAAGCAUGUGAUUGGCUACGGGCAACUGGUUUCCCCCAGUAUGCGCAACUUUAUGAAGAUCUCUUGUUCCCCAUUGAUAUUUCCUUGGUCAAGAGAGAGCAUGACUUUUUGGACAGAGAUGCCAUUGAGGCUCUAUGCAGGCGUCUAAAUACUUUAAACAAAUGUGCGGUGAUGAAGCUAGAAAUUAGUCCUCAUCGGAAGAGAAGUGAAGAUUCAGACGAGGAUGAGCCUUGUGCCAUAAGUGGCAAAUGGACUUUCCAGAGGGACAGCAAGAGGUGGUCCCGGCUUGAAGAGUUUGAUGUCUUUUCUCCAAAGCAAGAUCCGAUCCCCGGGUCCCCGGAUGACUCCCACCCAAAGGAUGCUGCGAGCCCCGGGGCCGUGCUGAUGGACCUCAGCGAGCGCCAGGAGGUGUCCUCCGUGCGCAGCCUGAGCAGCACCAGCAGCCUCCCCAGCCACGCGUCCCCCAGCGAGGACACCGCGACCCCCCGGACUAACUCGGUCAUUAGCGUCUGCUCCUCCGGCAACUUCGCGGGCAAUGACGACUCUUUCUGCAGCCUGCCCUCUCCCAAGGAACUGUCCAGCUUCAGCUUUAGCAUGAAAGGCCACGAGAAGAAUGCCAAGUCCAAGACGCGCAGCCUGCUGAAACGCAUGGAGAGCCUGAAGCUCAAGGGCUCCCACCACAGCAAGCACAAGGCGCCUUCCAAGCUGGGCCUGGUCAUCAGCGGGCCCAUUCUGCACGAGGGGGUGGACGAGGACAAGCUGAAGCAGCUGAACUGCGUGGAGAUCUCCGCCCUCAACGGCAACCGCAUCAACGUCCCCAUGGUACGAAAGAGGAGCGUCUCCAACUCCACGCAGACCAGCAGCAGCAGCAGCCAGUCUGAGACCAGCAGCGCCGUCAGUACGCCCAGCCCUGUCACCAGGACCCGGAGCCUCAGUGCCUGCAACAAGCGGGUGGGCAUGUACUUAGAGGGCUUUGAUCCCUUCAAUCAGUCGACUUUUAACAAUGUGGUGGAGCAGAACUUUAAAAACCGCGAGACCUACCCGGAGGACACCGUGUUCUACAUCCCUGAAGAUCACAAGCCUGGCACUUUCCCCAAGGCCCUCUCCAAUGGCAGUUUCUCCCCCUCAGGGAAUACCAGCUCUGUGAACUGGAGGACGGGAAGCUUCCACGGCCCCGGCCACAUCAGCCUACGGAGGGAAAAUAGCAGUGACAGCCCUAAGGAACUUAAGAGGCGCAAUUCCUCGAGCUCCGUGAGCAGCCGCCUCAGCAUCUACGACAACGUGCCGGGCUCCAUCCUCUACUCCAGCUCAGGUGACCUGGCUGACCUGGAGAACGAGGACAUCUUCCCUGAGCUGGAUGACAUCCUCUACCACGUGAAAGGAAUGCAGCGGAUAGUCAAUCAGUGGUCGGAGAAGUUCUCAGAUGAGGGCGACUCCGACUCAGCCCUGGACUCAGUCUCUCCGUGCCCAUCCUCACCAAAGCAGAUACACCUGGAUGUUGACAAUGAUCGGGCCACACCCAGUGACCUGGACAGCACCGGCAACUCCCUGAAUGAACCUGAAGAGCCCUCCGAUAUCCCAGAAAGAAGGGAUUCUGGGGUUGGGGCUUCCUUGACCAGAUCUAAUAGGCACAGACUGAGAUGGCACAGUUUCCAGAGCUCUCAUCGACCGAGCCUAAACUCUGUAUCACUGCAGAUUAACUGCCAGUCUGUGGCCCAGAUGAACCUGCUGCAGAAAUACUCGCUCCUAAAGUUAACGGCCCUGCUGGAAAAAUACACACCUUCUAACAAGCAUGGAUUUAGCUGGGCUGUGCCCAAGUUCAUGAAAAGGAUCAAGGUUCCAGACUACAAGGACCGGAAUGUGUUUGGGGUCCCUCUGACGGUCAACGUGCAGCGCACAGGACAGCCCCUGCCGCAGAGCAUUCAGCAGGCUAUGCGCUACCUCCGGAACCAUUGUUUGGAUCAGGUUGGGCUCUUCAGAAAAUCAGGAGUCAAAUCCCGGAUUCAGGCUCUGCGCCAGAUGAACGAAGGUGCCAUAGACUGUGUCAACUACGAAGGACAGUCUGCUUACGACGUGGCAGACAUGCUGAAGCAGUAUUUUCGAGAUCUUCCUGAGCCACUCAUGACAAACAAACUCUCGGAAACCUUUCUGCAGAUCUACCAAUAUGUACCCAAGGACCAGCGCCUGCAGGCCAUCAAGGCGGCCGUAAUGCUCCUGCCUGACGACAACCGGGAGGUUCUCCAGACCCUUCUUUAUUUCUUGAGCGAUGUCACAGCGGCUGUAAAAGAAAACCAGAUGACUCCAACCAACCUGGCCGUGUGCUUGGCGCCUUCCCUCUUCCACCUCAACACCCUGAAGAGAGAGAAUUCCUCGCCAAGGGUAAUGCAAAGAAAACAAAGUUUGGGCAAACCAGAUCAGAAAGAUUUGAAUGAAAACCUGGCUGCCACGCAGGGGCUGGCCCACAUGAUUGCAGAGUGCAAGAAGCUGUUCCAGGUUCCUGAGGAAAUGAGCCGCUGUCGUAACUCCUAUACCGAACAGGAGCUGAAGCCCCUCACCCUGGAAGCCCUGAGCCGCCUGGGUAAUGCUGAAUAUACUGACUACCAGCACUUCCUCCAGGACUGUGUGGACGGCCUGUACAAAGAGGUCAAAGAGAAGUUUAAAGGCUGGGUCAGCUACUCCACUUCAGAGCAGGCCGAGCUGUCCUAUAAGAAGGUGAGUGAAGGACCCCCACUGAGGCUCUGGAGGUCAACCAUCGAAGUCCCUGCUGUGCCUGAGGAGAUCUUAAAGCGCCUACUUAAAGAACAGCACCUCUGGGACGUAGACCUGUUGGAUUCGAAAGUGAUCGAGAUCCUGGACAGCCAGACUGAAAUUUACCAGUACGUGCAGAACAGCAUGGCGCCCCACCCUGCUCGGGACUACGUGGUUUUGAGAACCUGGAGGACUAAUUUACCCAAGGGAGCGUGUGCGCUUUUACUCACCUCCGUGGAUCAUGACCGGGCGCCUGUGGUCGGCGUGAGGGUUAAUGUGCUCUUGUCCAGGUAUUUGAUCGAACCCUGCGGGCCAGGAAAAUCCAAACUCACCUACAUAUGCAGAGCUGAUUUAAGGGGCCACAUGCCAGAGUGGUAUACAAAAUCUUUUGGACAUUUGUGUGCAGCUGAGAUUGUAAAAAUCCGGGACUCCUUCACUAACCAGAACACUGAAACCAAAGACACCAAAUCUAGGUGAUUACUGAAGCAAAACAACUGUGACCACCAUCCAGGUGUUCGUUUGUAGAACCUUGCCAGUCCCUGGAAGAAUGGGUUCCAUGUCUGAUCCUCAAAGAAAACUGCAAGUUGGAGUGUAGGAAUUGACUAUAGCAAUUUGAUACAUUUUUAAAGCUGCUUCCUGAUUGUUUAAGUGUCUAUAUUAAUAGACCUUGACUGGAAUAUAUAAGACUGCAAAAAAAAAUGUAUUUGUAUUCUUAUUCAGAUUGCUUCUGAGAAGCAAAACUCUAAAUACAUUACAGAAGAUAAUGAAGAUACUUUUUUCUCUUGUGAUAUCGGUGUAUGUGUACCUGUGUCAUUUUAUUCGCAGUGUGUUGAGGGACUGGUGUAUCCACUGGAAUAGUUGGUACUCUUUGACAUGUUUUCUCACUGAGAUGAGCAGAGAAAGGUUUGCACAGAGGAGUGUGAAUGUGUGUUUGUUGCUGGUUGAAUGGCAUAAAUGUAUAAGUUGGGAUGCAGUGUCUGGCACACUGAGACGCCUCCAAGAAGGAUAUUGAUGCAUCGGGUUCAGUUUAACCUGGAAUAUCUGACCACCCAUGAAUCCAUCAGAAAGGGGACCAACACCCUUGUCCAUUUAUUGAUUUCCCCCCCAAGUUAUUAAGCAUAUUUCUUCUCCACCAACCUCUUCUGUACUUGAAUUCUAGUAGAUUUACUCUGAUACCCAUAUCAAAUGUAGUGUUUUUUGGAUCUGAUUGCAAAUAGUGAUACAGUUUUUAACCAGCAGAGAGUUCAAGGAGGAACCCCCUCACCCCCAGCCUUACUGGCUUCAAAGCAUAAAUUUGAUUUUGUUUUUAAGCAGAGGUGUAAAAACUUAGCAUUGUAACAUUUACUCCUGAAUCAAGCGUCAAAAUGUUUUCCUUGUUAGAAUUCUUUGCAUUUUUGUGUUUAUAACAGAAACUUUUUUAAGACACUAGGGAACAUAGGAAACUAUGUAUGUCCCAAGGAAAUCCCUGUAAAUUUAACCCAGCUACAAAAGGCUCUUUUGAUUUUUUUGGUGUUCAUUAUUAAUAGCAUUCCUGAAAGCUGCAUGUGUUUAUUAAUUGGGUUUGUUCUUGUCAGCAAAUAGGUUUUCAGGUUUUAUGACUUUCUGCUUUAUUUUGGUUUUCCUACAUUUCUUUUUCUUUUCCUUUUAGAAUGCCAAUGAAAUAUAUUUUAGUGGUAAUGGAAAAUAGUAAUCAUAGUAAAACAUCAGAAAAACAAAACAGGCAAAUGUUUUUUUGGGGGAAGGGUGGUCUUGAUUCAGGUUUUACUGUAGUGGUAAAGAUUGACUCAAGAGACAGUAUUAGUAAAUUUAUUUUGUGUGGAUCAAAAGUGAAUAAUGUAUGAAUGAGAGUUGUAAGAAGGAUUUUUAUUUUGUUAUAACAUAAUUUAGUUACCAUUGUCAGUGUUAUAUCAAAGGUUUUUUUGAAGAAUUUCACAGGGGGUCAGAUGAAAGAGUUUUAAAAUUUGAGUAUUUUGGAUAUCCGUGUUCCUCAUGAAGAUAUACUUGUAUAUUCAAUUUUGAUGGCUUCCAGAUUUGUAAGAUUGUAUGUUGUAUAUACCAAUUCUAUUAAGAAACGUGCACAUGUCCACUGUGCUUUCAAACAUAGAUAAAGCAUGAUAAAGAUUAUUAUUUAAAAUAUACUUGUAUUUAUACCUCAGAUAUUCUUUUGGGUUUUGUACCUCAAGGCUUCAUGUUUUUUUUUCCCUAUUGUAAAUACACUUUACGUGAAUACAGUCUAAAUGGAAAAAUAAAUAAGUAAAAGGAAGAGGUUUAUAACUUUCUCUAUAUCUGUACAGAAUAUAAUCAAUAAGUGCACUAUUAAAUGUUUAAAGUAAGGGAAAAGUCUGGCCUGUUUUCCUUUUGCAUUUCACUCCCACCCUUAAAACCACAGAUUGCAAAGCAAAAGCAUUCUAGCAUCACCUAAAACCAAAAGAUAGAUUUACUGAAGGAAAAGUUGGACUGCAGAUCAUUCCAAGGCCAAACUGCAACUGAGCCACUCACUCACAAACAGGAAACCCUGGUGAAGGUUCAGGAAGCGUGGAGACUCCCUCCAAACAAAAGUUCAGUUAGGAAAUGAUGGCUGAGAAAGUUAGGAGAAUAGGCAACUGAAAGAUGCAUUUAAGCAAAAUGCAGGUGACCGGUUGAUUCCAAAAAAGGUCUUUUUCCCAUUAUUUAGCUUCUCUGUUGAAGGGAUUCCUUCUGUGUUUGGAAAGAGAAGAAUUGGAAGGAUAAGAACAUUUUUAAGAACUUUGCUGAAGUCACCUAAUGCAGUAUCACCACGGCAUACUCGUGUGACUAAUUUUGCCUAGAUUGUAAGCUCUCUGAGAGCAGGGCUCAUCUCCUACAUCUUUAUAAUCCCCUACAGUGGCUUUCAGUAUUUUGUACUUGUAGGCACCUAAUAAAUUUAUUACUUGCUCAAUUGAA